CCAGUGUCAACAGUGAGUCUUCAUUUACAAGAGUAAUGAGCAGUGACUCCACUGUUACCAGUGACACCACUUCACCCAGUGUCAACAGUGACUCUUCAUUUACAGGAGUGAUAAGCAGUGACUCCACUGUAACCAGUGACACCACUACAUCCAGUGUUAACAGUGUGCCUGCAUAUGAAGAAUCGGAGGGCAAUGCAGACAAUGCACCCAGUAACAUCACUCCAUCCAGUUUAACGAGUGAAUCUACAUUUACAGGAGUGAUGAACACUGUAUCCACUGUUACCAGUAACACCACUCCAUCCAGUGUCAACAGUAAGUCUACAUUUACAGGAGUGAAGAGCAGUGGAUCCACUGUUACCAGUGACAUCAAUACAUCCAGUGUCAACACUUCGUCUGCACCGAAAGAAGUGGAAACUACUGGAUCUGCUCUUACUAGUAAGACCACUUUAUCCAGUAUGUUAACAGGAGUGAAGAGCAGUGGUUCCACUGUUACCAGUAACACCACUACAUCCAGUGUCAAAACUGUAUCUGCACUGAAAGGAGUGGAAAGCACUGGAUCCACUGUUACUAGUAAGACCACAUCAUCCAGUAUCAACAGUGUGUUGACAUUUACAGGAGUGAAGAGCACUGGAUCCACUGUUACCAGUAACACCACUUUAUCCAGUAUCAACAGUGUGUUUCCAGGAGUGAAGAGCAGUGGAUCCACUGUUACCAGUAACACCACUUCAUCCAGUGUCAACAAUGUAUCGACAUUUACAGGAGUGAAGAGCAGUGGAUCCACUGUUACCAGUAACACCAAUACAUCAAUUGUCAACACUUCGUCUGCACUGAAAGUAAUGGAAAGCACUGGAUCCACCGUUACUAGUAGGACCACUUUAUCCAGUAUCAACAGUGUGGUGACAUUUACAGGAGUGAAGAGCAGUGGCUCCACUGUUACCAGUAACACCACUACAUCCAGUGCCAACAAUGUGUCAACAUUCACAGAAGUAAAGCACAGUGUGACCAGUAACACCACUACAUCCAGUGUCAACAAUGUGUCAACAUUUACAGGAGUAAAGAGCAGUGUUACCAGUAACACCACUACAUCCAGUGUCAACAGUGUGUCGGCACUGAAAGGAGUGGAAAGCACUGAAUCCACUGUUACUAGAAGGAUGAGCAGUGGAUCCAAUGUUACCAGUAACGCCAACGAUGAAGCAGGAGUGAAUCAGACCAUCACUUCAUCCAAUGUAUACAGUGCGUUUGUAAGAAGUCGCACUGAGACUGGGUUAAUAUUACAAUGGAACAAAGUGAACAACAGCAGCAGUUACAGUUACAGACUGAACUACAAUGGAAUAAACAUUAAUAUCAAUGGAUCAGAGGGAGGAUCUGUAGUGAUAAUCAUCUCAUCUCUUUCUCCUGGAACUAAAUACACCUUCACUCUCUACACUGUAUUUGAAGGAGUGGAGAGCAGUGGAUUUAACUUUGCCAGUGUCACCACUCCGUUAAUUGUUAACAGUGUAUCUGCAAAGAGUCGCACUGAGACUGGGUUAACAUUACAAUGGAACAAAGUGAACAACAGCAGCAGUUACAGUUACAGACUGAACUACAAUGGAAUAAACAUCACCAUCAAUGGAUCAGAGGGAGGAUCUGUAGUGAACUACACAGUCUCAUCUCUUUCUCCUGGAACUAAAUACACCUUCACUCUCUACACUGUAUUUGAAGGAGUGGAGAGCAGUGGAUUUAACUUUGCCAGUGUCACCACUCCAUCCAAAGUAUACAGUGCGUUUGUAAGAAGUCGCACUGAGACUGGGUUAACAUUACAAUGGAACAAAGUGAACAACAGCAGCAGUUACAGUUACAGACUGAACUACAAUGGAAUAAACAUCACCAUCAAUGGAUCAGAGGGAGGAUCUGUAGUGAACUACACAGUCUCAUCUCUUUCUCCUGGAACUAAAUACACCUUCACUCUCUACACUGUAUUUGAAGGAGUGGAGAGCAGUGGAUUUAACUUUGCCAGUGUCACCACUCCAUCCAAAGUAUACAGUGCGUUUGUAAGAAGUCGCACUGAGACUGGGUUAACAUUACAAUGGAACAAAGUGAACAACAGCAGCAGUUACAGUUACAGACUGAACUACAAUGGAAUAAACAUCACCAUCAAUGGAUCAGAGGGAGGAUCUGUAGUGAACUACACAGUCUCAUCUCUUUCUCCUGGAACUAAAUACACCUUCACUCUCUACACUGUAUUUGAAGGAGUGGAGAGCAGUGGAUUUAACUUUGCCAGUGUCACCACUCCAUCCAAAGUAUACAGUGCGUUUGUAAGAAGUCGCACUGAGACUGGGUUAACAUUACAAUGGAACAAAGUGAACAACAGCAGCAGUUACAGUUACAGACUGAACUACAAUGGAAUAAACAUCACCAUCAAUGGAUCAGAGGGAGGAUCUGUAGUGAACUACACAGUCUCAUCUCUUUCUCCUGGAACUAAAUACACCUUCACUCUCUACACUGUAUUUGAAGGAGUGGAGAGCAGUGGAUUUAACUUUGCCAGUGUCACCACUCCAUCCAGUGUAAACAGUAUAUCUGUAAAGAGUCGCUCUGAGAAUGGGUUAACAUUACAAUGGAACAAAGUGAACAACAGCAACAGUUACAGUUACAGACUGAACUAUGAUGGAAUAAACAUUAAUAUCAAUGGAUCAGAGGGAGGAUCUGUAGUGAACUACACAGUCUCAUCUCUUUCUCCUGGAACUAAAUACACCUUCACUCUCUACACUGUAUUUAAAGAGGUGGAGAGCAGUGGAUUUAACUUUACCAAUGUCACCACUCCAUCCAUUGUAACUGGUGUAUCUGUAAAGAGUCGCACUGAGACUUGGUUAAUAUUGGAAUGGAAAAAAGUGAACAACAGCAACAGUUACAGUUACAGACUGAACUACAAUGGAAUAAACAACACCAUCAAUGGAUCAGAUUUUGCAAAUAAUGUAGUGACACACAACAUCUCAUCUCUUUCUGCUGGAACUAAAUACAGCUUCACAUUCUACACUGUAUUUGAAGGAGUGGAGAGCAGUGGAUUUAACUUUACCAAUGUCACCACUCCAUCCAGUGUUAACAGUGUAACUGUAAAGAGUCGCACUGAGACUGAGUUAAUAUUGGAAUGGAACAAAGUGAACAACAUUGACAGUUACAGACUGAACAACGACAGAACAUAUCGUAUCAACCGUGGAUCAGAGGUUGGAGAUAAUGUAGUGACACAAACAGUCUCAGGUCUUUCUCCUGGAACUAAAUACAACUUCACUCUCUACACUGUAUUUGAAGGAGUGGAGAGCAGUGGAUUUAAUUUUACCAGUAUUACCAUUCCAGCUACUGUAACUGGUCUGGGCUGUAAAUAUGCAUCUGGAGGAUAUGGUUUAACUGUGUUUUGGGAUCCUCCUGUUGGGGAGAGGACAGGUGUAAAGGUUGAUGGAAAUGGACAGAGUUUAAAUGCGAGUGGAGAAAGUCUGUCUAUAGGGGGACUACAACCUGCACAGUGGUACACCCUGACUGUGACUGCCCUCUCUUGGGAUUUACAUAGUAAAUCAGCCUCAGUUACCUGUCAGACUGAUCCUGGAGGAGUCAUAGCAGGCGUUCUGGUAUUCCUAUUGUUGGUCAUCAUCCUUUGUGUUGGUAUCUUUAUAUGGCGGCGCAAACGAGCUCUUCCCAGUGUCUUUGGGAAUUCAAAAUCUAAAUCUGUAGAGCACAACCUACCAAGUGAUAAAUACAAGCCAAUUCCUCUAAAAAAGUUUCCAGAACAUUUCAUUUCACUGAGCCGUGAUGAUAAUCGUGGUUUCAGUGUGGAAUAUGAGGAUUUAGGCACAGUGGGUACAGAUCAGAGCCGUGCAGCAGCUCUAUUCCCAGAAAAUAAGAGCAAGAACCGAUUCACCAAUGUACUAGCCUAUGAUUUAUCUCGUGUAAAGCUCACUCAACAGGACGGUCCUGAUUCUGACUAUAUCAAUGCAAACUACAUGCCUGGGUACAAUAGAAACAGCAGGCAGUACAUAGCUGCUCAGGGUCCACUCCCCUGCACCAUCAGCGACUUCUGGAGAAUGGUGUGGGAGCAGAAGUCUACAGCUAUUGUCAUGCUGACCAACUGUGUGGAGAAUGGACGGCCCAAAUGUGAACAGUACUGGCCGCUGGAUUACACUCCCUGCAUCUAUGGGAAUCUGCUGGUGACUAUUCAGUCAGAGCACAAAGAAAAAAGCUGGACUCUGCGAGAGUUUGUUGUUAGAAAUAAAGACACUUCUGAAGAACGGAGAGUGAUGCAUUUCCAUUUCACAGCCUGGCCUGACCAUGGAGUUCCCGCAGGAACAGAUGAGUUAAUCCAGUUCAGAGAGCUCGUGCGGCAUCACAUAGAGAGGUUCCCAACCUCAGGACCCACAGUAGUGCACUGCAGUGCUGGAGUGGGCAGGACAGGCACUCUGAUUGCUCUGGAUACAUUACUACAGCAGCUGGUAAAAGAAGAAGCGGUCAACAUUGCUGCCUGUGUGCAUCACAUGAGGCUUAACCGGCCUCUCAUGGUGCAGACUGAGUCUCAGUAUGUGUUCCUGCACCAGUGCAUCAUGGAUUCUCUGCAGCCCAAGGAGGACUUCAUCCCGGAGCCUAUAUAUGAAAAUUCAGAUAUGAUCUAUGCAAACUCUAUGGUCUUAAGACAGUGUAGUGGAAACAGCCCUGUUUAAAUACAUCCACGAGAAUCAUUGUUGGCUUACAGUAAGCAAUGGCUUUUUAUUUUCCACAUAUUUAGCUUCCCAGAUCCAUACAUUCUAUUCUAAAUAUUAUACUAAUAUCCACCAACUGGAACUGUGAUCAUUCUGUUGGUCAAAAUAAAAACAUUUUUCAGCUUUUGUGCUUUUAACGAAAGCUACAAUCAUUCUAAUAUCUUAAAA